AUGCAUAUCUUAGACUCGGACUACAUUGAACUCGAAAGUCAUAGAAGGGCUCAAUUGGCCGCUCUACAAUGGCAGACAGUAACCAAAAUAUCCAAGAAGGAAAUACGACGUGCCCAUCUUAAGUUUGUCUACAAAAUCUAUUUAAUCAGUUUGCUAUUAAGUGUUUUAGUGGCGGCUCAGUGGUGGUUCGUUACCGAGAUCAAAGCUGUCCAGAUAUUUGUAAUAAUCUACAAUUACAUUAUAUUGGCUAUUGUGUUUGUACAUUUUCUAAUGUUAACUUUACUGCAAUAUAUGCUUAGAUUCAAGACGGAGAGAAGCAAAUCUAUAGUUAUUACUUAUAUAUUUCUAAUGGUAGAAUUUGGUUCCAUAACUAUAUCCCGUCCCACGGUUGAAUCCGAUUUAAGUACAUUUUUAUACGCCUCGCUUUUUACAGUAGCAAUGUGGGGCAUUAGUUUUAUUCUGGCCACAAUAGGUCAAACCGACACGGACCGUUCGUCAGUAUAUUUGUCUUUGUGGAGUCAGAAAUAUUAUUUGGCUACUUCUACCAGCCUAUUAAUGACUAUGGAAUUUAGUUUUAUUUCAGUACAAAUAAGCAUUUCAUUAUUUAUGGUAUUUUUCAUAUCAAUUUUUUUCAUAAUCUGGGGACGUUCACUUGGCUCCCUGAAGUUUUACAGAGAAGAAUCGAAAUUUUGCAAAUAUUACAUUAUACUAAAUUUCUUGAAUAUCAUUUCGUUAUUUGCUAACAGUAUUAUACUUAUUCAACGAAUUGUUGAUCAAGAUUCUGAUGAAAUUGAUGAGGUUUGA